AUGUUCCCAUCACCCUCGUGGCUUGACGACGACGACGCAUCCACUCUAGACAACAACGCAUCCACUCUAGAUGACAACGCAUCUCUCUUAGACAACAAUGAUGCUGGUCAUUUCUCUCACUCUGGUACUUGCUCACUUGCUCCAUCAGCAUCUGACUUGGAUUUGGACCCCUGUGGUCUUCUUGGCACUCCAGAGCCCACUCUAUCCCUUUCUGAUGAUGAGGAGCCAAUACCUGAGCUCAAAAACAACCCUCAGUAUCAGACUAGCGAGGAACUAUUCGAGUGUUUCUUAGACUCAGGCUCAGAGCAUCUCGAUGACAACAACUCAAACCCCCCGGCAUUUGACAAAGAUCCUGCCAUUUGCAAUGCCUACAUCACGGCAUAUCUCCUUACUGCGUGUCACAGAUCCACGCAAGAAGCCAUAAAAGCCUACUUGGAUGCUGAGCACGAGAUGCUACUGUUUAUGCAAAGGAGGACUGGGCUUGAGAUGCCUGGUCUCGACACUAUGGCAUGGACACUCUUGACCUUGGAAUGA